CCCAAACAAUUUCAACGGUAUACCGUAUAUCCUUUCCUUCUCGAAUUUCCCGUCCUCUCCUCUCACAGACUCACGCACAUUAUAAAGCCAUAAAGGUCUCACGCAGUCACGCUCCCUGACCACGCAGAGAGACUACCUACUCCAUCAAUGGCGGCUACUUUGACGACGAUGACGACCUUGUUAAAUGCGAGCUCGCUCACGGUCGCGGAACCACGAAGGUUUUCUAAGAUCAGAGUUCUAAGCCCUAAUUUCGAUUCUGUGAGGGGUCUAAGGAAAGUUUCGCUGCCGUCGAGUGGUUCGUUGUCCUCUUCGUGCUCGUCCUUCUCGGGCUCAGUGAGCUUUGCUCCUCCAUCGUUGUCUUCUUCAUCUUGGCGCACAAAGAGCAGCUCUGUUAUCCGUGCCAGUGCUGAGGAAGUGGCUACUUUACAAUCCAAAGUGACAAACAAAGUGUUUUUUGAUGUGAGUAUUGGAAAUCCAGUGGGAAAGCUUGCUGGGAGGAUUGUGAUUGGAUUGUAUGGUGAUGAUGUGCCCCAAACAGUGGAGAACUUCCGUGCUUUAUGCACAGGAGAGAAGGGCUUCGGCUACAAGGAUUCGACGUUCCAUCGUGUCAUCAAAGAUUUCAUGAUUCAGGGUGGUGACUUUGAUAAAGGAAAUGGAACUGGAGGUAAAAGCAUAUAUGGGCGUACAUUUAAAGAUGAAAAUUUCAAGUUGUCCCAUACUGGACCGGGAGUUCUUAGUAUGGCAAAUGCAGGUCCCAACACCAAUGGCAGCCAGUUUUUUAUAUGCACUGUCAAGACUCCAUGGCUUGACCAGAGGCAUGUUGUUUUUGGGCAAGUUUUGGAAGGCAUGGACAUUGUGAAGCUGAUUGAGUCGCAAAACACUGACAGAGGGGACCGCCCACAAAAGAAAGUGACCAUCAUUGAUUGCGGUGAGCUUCCAUUGUCUGAAGCUUGAUCUCAUCAAUGCUAAUCUUUCCCCAUUUUUCAUGGCUAUUUUACCCCGUCGAAAACGCUUUUGUUGAAAUGUGUUUGUUGUUGUUCCAUUUUUAGUUUUUCUUGUCAUGUGUCCUUGGAAUAGAAACCAAAAACAGUCAAUACAAUUUUUUUUUAUUCUGUUGGAUUAUCUUUCACAA